GCUCUCCCCAAACAUUCUUCUACAAUUCUCUAUCCCAAGUAUAUCCUACUGCUGCAACACAAGCGCCGGCAUACCCUUCCUCCCGCAGGACUAGCCUUCUUCAGACUUAUCAAGGCGCUGAUCGAUACGUUACCUCACACCAUCCUCAUACCGUUUCUGGUGCUCCCAUCUUCUCCACGAUCUUUGUCGUCGUGCAACCAUCACUGCAGACCAUCUUUCGCUCCUACAUAUCACCUCGCCCUGGAUCCCAAUCAAUCCCAACCCGGUGUCGUCCAGCACAUUUACCCCGACGUUACUGUUGCGCCUACUCAGCAAAAAAAAAGCUCAAGGGGUUCGACGUGGAGGAAAGCAGCACACGAACGCGGCUCCUGUCUAUAACACCUGGAUAUCGCGAUCGACAAGCAUCGCCUGGCAUCGUCUUCGCCACAUACUACUUGACUGCACUUCGAAGACAAUUGCAGUGCGCUAACUAGAAGCAGAUCCCGUCAGUCUGUGAUACAUCCACGAAGGCUUAGAGGACCGAAUAUUCUUUAUUUCUCUUCCCUCUGUGAUGGUUGAAUGAGACGAAGUUGUGUGUCUUCUUCCCGCGUGUAUUGGUCAGUUGCGACUUAUUCCUAAGAGGAAUAUCUUCGCCUCCUACCGCCUGACCGCCGUCAAGGGGCCAUACACCCCCACCGGGUCAAGGACAAUCGACGGCAAGCACGGAAGCCUUUAAAUCUCACAACAUGUCCGUCGUCCCGGGCCAGCUGGCUCGGAACCGUUCCGUCUCGAGUGCCCAAAAGUCUAGGAGCCGAGUCAACCAGGACUACCCAGCGAUGCAGUCAAGGACGCAGGACCGCGCUACGGUCAUGCGAUACUUUGAGCCCUGCGCCGCGACAGCAUCCAUGUUCCUCUAUGCGCAGGGCAGCUCGGUAGUGUGCUGUCAUCACGAUACCUUGACGAUAGAGCGGCGAUUUUCGAGGCAUUCGGAGGAAAUACAGCUCUUGGCAGUUGAUACACAAAGCGAAACAGGAGCUGGACGAUUGGUGGUGAGCUACGAUGCAGGGCAGACUGCCAUAGUUUGGGAUCUCAUGUCUGGUGAUGAGGUUGCUCGUUUUGCUUCCUACGAGCACCUUACCACCGCCGCGUGGAUGCGUAAUGGCAACGUCGCCUUUGGAAACACCCAAGGAAACAUUAUACUAUUCGAGCCACAGACAUCAGAGCACAUCUCUUCGAGAACACUAGACCAAAUAGCAGUGACAUCUCUAGCUCCGUCUGCGGAUUGCCGAACAUUUGCAAUCGGGUAUCAAAAUGGGUCUCUACUCAUUGCAAACCUUCAGCCGAGGUUCACCAUUUUGCAUAACCUGACAACUUCACGAGGCCCGUCGCCCAUUGUCAAUCUGGCUUGGCAUGCCUCUUCGUCGAGGCAAAAAUCAGACAUGCUCGCCGUGCAAACUAACGAUGGAGACCUUCGUAUUUGGAGCGUUGCAAAGUCGUACAACAACGCUGACCCAGCCAAAGUUGUGAGGAUUCUCAAAAAAACCGAAAACUAUCUAAUCGGUCCGAAUUGGAUGGGGUGGUCAAAGAACGGAAGGAUAAUUCAGUUCUCUGAAAACGAGACGUUAUCUUGGGACGUUCGGACUAAGCACGUUACCCAGGACAGCAUUCCAUCCUUGGAACACGUCCGAGGCUUGGCUGUUUACGGCCCCGGCGCCAGUCUUUUUACGUUGGGUGCCAACAACACUGUACAGCAGUUUGACCUUAACGCUCCUGCGAUGAUGGUUGCCAAUGUUCAGCACCCAGCUAAUCUGCUGCCCCCAUCUCCACCUGUGUCUAUUGAGGAGCAAGAAAAGGCAGCGGCUGCGAGUAACUCAGAGUCGGAGAUAUCCAUUUCGAUCGAGCCAAUGACGUCCGAAAGCGAAGAGGAAAGGAUGUCACCGCUCGCUCGCAUGAUUCAUUCCAGGGAUACUGCCGCAAGCGGCCCAGGUAUCUUCAGACCUGAUAGCUCACAGUCAAGUCGCAGUGGCACCUCCGAGAUUUCAUCGACCAGCUCCCAAACGCCUGGGAGGUACCAACCGUCAGCUCAUUCGCGAGGCCUAACGGAAAACACGUAUAUCUCGGCAGGCUCAUCUAUGCUGUCAUCGGCAGCACCUCAUUCGUCUCGGCACCGUGACCGGGACUCGUACUCUAUUGGAAGUCUUAGUUCUGUGUCUAUGGCCUCAUCUAGCGGCCGUCCGUCAAAACACCGUCCCUCGCGACUUCGAAAUGAGAUUCCGCGUAGCCCAGAAGAUUCAAGGGUUGAUGAUCUCUUCAAAUUCACUCGAAGUCGACUCAGUGACAUUCCGUACAAAAUGCCAGCCAUGGCAGAUGCCUCCCGGCUCACCAAUGACGAUCUUCGCCGACAGAUGCUAAGCACGAUUUUCGGCUGGAAUCGCGAGGUAGACGACUUGAUUAGAGAUGAACUAAGCCGACACCCAAACUCCUCGGCCAACCGAAUCCUGCUGUCGAAAUGGCUUGGCGACAUCGAGCCGGAUAUCAUCGCGACCAGUUCAGCCAACAUGACCUCUUCGGAUUGGAUGCUUCUAGCUCUGAGUGGAAUCGGGGGACAGGCCUCUCAGCACAAGCUUGGGCGUGCUUACGUUCAAAGACUUCUCGAGAAUGGUGAUGUACAUGCGGCUGCCACAAUCAUGAUCGGAAUGGGCGACCAGAUCGAUGCGAUUGAGAUUUACGUGUCACACAAGCGUUACAUGGAGGCCCUACUCCUGACUUGCCUAUUCUUUCCGUCAGUCUGGGAACGCCAGGCACAAAUUCUUAAGAAAUGGGGAGAUUGGGCUGUUCAGCACGGCCAGCAACAGUUGGCCAUUCGAUGUCUUGCCUGCAUCGGUAAAGAAUCGUCAGAACCGUGGACCUCACCCUCUGCAGCGCAACUCAGUUUCGGUAGCCUGAAUGCAAUAAACUCCAGCAUCCCUGAGGUGCUUAGCCCUCCAUUGUCGCCGCCAGGCAUGAACAGGGGACCACAGCGCAGUAUCGCAAAGGCUUCGGCGUUGAAACUCAUCACCUCUUUUGGCGACCAAGGAGCAAAGGCCAAGUACUUCGCAGGUGACGAUGGACAGACCCCUAUUGCAGCAGGCGUGACGCCUAUCGCCGAGUCUGCAAUCUCCCCCGGCGCUUUUGACCCUGCCACCGCUUUCCUCCGUCCUUCUCAACGGAGUGCCUUCCCCACGCCCAGCUCCGCACGUCCCUCGAACCAGAGCUUUGGCCGACACCGUCUGCCUUCGAUCGGAGAGGCGACAGGAAAGCCCGAGCAGCGCCGGCGCACUCCCGGCCCAUCAUCUCCUGUAUUAGACAGAGAUGGCAAGGGACAUUCGAGAGGACCGUCAUACGAUUACACUAACAACAACUUGAAUGAGGCCGAGACGAUCGGGCGUGCGGCCACUGCAAGCCCCAUGAUGAUGCGGGACAGCCAUCGCAGGAGAGAGCCGCCACCCCCAUCGCCCUCGCCUGCUUCAAUGGCUAUGUUGAUGGAUCACCAGGGCGGGCGCACUAGCCGCAACGGGCCACGAAAUCGUAUCCCACAAGGAAUUGACCUGCAACUGCAGCCUAUUGAGCCGGCAAACCAGAACAGUGAUGUGACUUCUCCCGAGCAGUCUGUGGCCUCUUCGACUAGAUUUCACUGGCCAAGCCGCCGGCGUGGACCUGGCUCUGUGGCCAGCUCAGUUACCUCUGCAACUUCUAGCGUAGCGAAGGCGAAUCGCCGAGGAUAUGGCCACCCCGGUAAAACUCUUGACGACUACAUUCACAGCAUGGACAACACGACCGGCAGGCGUGCUACCAGCCGGGGACGUGGACGAGACUCUAGCAAGACCAGGAAGACCAAGUCUCGCGAAACAUCCCUUGAUCAGGAUCAGCGUGGGCGUGAGACUUCGAGAGGAUACACUCCAAGAGCUGGCAAGCGAUCUCCUCGAUCACCGGUUCCCAUGUCCCCUGAGGAACUGAUCAAUCUCAGCACUCCGAGAACGAAUGAUACUGCCAGGAGAGGGGGCGACGGACCGGGCAUUGAGAUUGUGACAGACCAGCCGAGCACAGUCCGAAAAUUAAGCAAUAGUCAAAUUCGGCAUGCGUCGAGGACUCGAGCCAACGGUGGCAGCCGUCCUUCCAGCCGUGGACGGCGAACAGCUAGUCCCGAAAGGACUGGUCGUGAGCGCAGCAGUGGCAGGAAUGCAUCGCCUCCAUCUCCAGUACCCAUGUCAGCCAUUCCGAGAGAUUUCUCUGGUUCCGAGGAGGAGAACGACUAUAUGAGGGCUAUCGAGGCAAAGGAAAAGUUUCGCAAGAAGAACACUCGUAGCAGUAGCCGAGGCUUCCGUAACGCCUCGCCCGGGUCGGCUUCUCACAGGCUGCUGAGCGACAGGAGACCAUCCAAGGAGUCUGCAGGCUUUGGCGAGGCUGAGGAUGCCGUCAGCUCGCUUCGCAGGAUGAAGGAUGAGAGACAGCUCAAGAAGGAGGCGGCGGCUCGAGAGCUUGAAGAAAGGCGCAAGUCACUGGCGCGUCGACCUGCUGCACCGCCGAUCCCACACCCGGAUGAGCUGUCACCUAUUGUUACUCGAGGCCCGGCCUUUUUCGAGUCUGCCUUGCCCAGCACAGCCUUUGUACCUCCCAGAGAUCUUCCCACACGCAGUCGCACCGUCGAGCCGGGUGAGGCAAGGAGCAUGUAUGCCAACCGUCAACCUCUGAUCGGGCUUCCUGCCACACCCAAAGCGAUGAGAUUGAUCCUGGAGCCGGAGACUGGAAGUGUGCCAGGAGUCCCAGAGAUUCCUGUUACCUUCGCCCAGAGAGCCUCCCCAACACAAUCAAACGCUUCUCCAAGGCAUUCGCCCAAGAGAAGUGAGCCGGUAACCAAAGCGGAUUCCGAGCAGGUCCAGGCGCCACAAGAGAAUCUUCUCACUCUGCUACCCUCCACCGUCUACAGCCCCCCUGUGCGUCCACCGAUUUCUCGUUGCAUGUCAGCGCCGCCCGAGGAGCCGCUUGCCCCCAAGACUUUCAAGCCUUCUCAGCAAGCCAGCUCUCGCCAAGCCAGUGGUCGUAAAAUGAGCACACCGGACGUGUCUUCGGACCUUCGCCAAAUGGGCAACAUGAGGACAAUAGACGACAUGUUGGCGAACAACACCCAAAGGCCGGCGCAUGAGUCUCAAGGGAUGCCGCCUCCUCCCCCGGCCCCUCCGGUUCUCAAGGAACUGCAGCAUCUUGCCAUACCCCCACCGCCGCCUCCUGCGCCACUUUCAUUCAGCCAAAAGUCGCACCAACCUCAAGUCUAUGGAGGGCGUACAGCUGGAAUGAUCGAGAUAGUCAUGGACAAUGACGACCAGAUCCCCCCGCCACCCCCUCCCCCACCGCCAAUGCCCAUGUCGGCACCGCCGGUUCCUGUGGCGAUCCCCGUGAGCGAGGCCACCGUUCCUAUCCUCUCGCCACCGGCGCCGCCCACCCCCAAGUCCAACCACCAGCGGGGUCGCAGCAGCGUCGACAACAGCAUCUCGUCGCGCAUCUCACGUGUCACAGAUCGUGUUCGAUCGGCCAGCCGUAGCCGGACCAACUCAUCAAUGCUCUCGCGCAAGUCACCCGAGAUUGCGAACCAAACUUCACCGUACGAGAGCAUUGGGCCGCCCGUCAGCUUCUCUGCCCGCGCCGUGGCCCAGGUACAACAGCAGCAGCGGACGCAAACGGGUCUUCAGCCCAAUGAGAUGUUUUAAGGGCAGAACCCCCAUCGAACUGCUCCCUUGUUUGCUCUCCCUUAUUCCUGUUAUCUGCAAUUUUUAUUCUUCUGCUACAUAUAUAAUUCUUUUGUUGAGGGCACGCAUCAUAUUAUAUACCCAUGAGCCUGUUUUCUCCACUCUACUCCUUUUUUUGCAUUCAUUAUGCCUACCUACUUUGCAUGGCGGUUGGCGUUUUCCGUUUUGAUUUUUGCAAGACCAAGCUCCUAAAAGGGCGAAGACGUGCCUGAGCAUCUAUCUUCAUUGAUGAUAUAUACCACUGGGGGAAAUUUAUUAGCUAGCAAACUUGAAUUUUUCUGCUCUACUCAGUUGUCAUAUUUUGGUCUUGCUUUUGUCACUUGCAACAUUCAUGUCCUUCAUUGCCUGCUAUGGCUCCAUCAUUUAUUGUGAUCCAAAGCAUUUGCAUUAGCGCUGGAUAUGAUUCUUCACCGUUUUAUGGUUUUUUUUUCUUUUGCCUUCUUUAACUUUUCCUUUCUUUUCAAGUGCAAUUUUCAAAGUUUAUUUUAUUUCACAGCCCGCGGGUUUCUCACUGAUGAACUGAUGACUUUAUUUUCAUUACCCUUUUACUCCGUACCUUUUGUUUUCAACUUUUCUUUUUCGGUUAUUAUUAUUUUUCUUUUUUACUUUUCCUACAGCCUCGUUCGGAAGAGAGUGAGGAGAUGGUGUACAGAAACACAAAGAAGAGAAGAAGCACAAGGCCCCAGGGCCCCAGUUCGGCGACAAUCUGACAUUCACAUGUCGGCAAAGGGCCAGACAAAAAA